CGCAGUGACCUCACCGUGACGUCACAGCGAGCGUCGCACCCAUGGAACGCGGCGCCCACCGCGCCGCCGCCUGAUUGGCCGUCGCGUCUGCCUGUCACCGCCAGGUGGAUACAGUGCUGCCAACCGCCCCGACCCGAGAUCGCAGAACGGACCUGCUCUGGGCACCACUGAGCCAAGCUGGACUGGAAGUGGUGAGCUAAAGGAGCAGCAAGUCCCGUGUGGGCGCGCGUCCCUCGGCCAGCAUGACAAGCGAGCUGGUGGAGAACGAGUUUGAGUUUUACUCCAAGGCAGAGAAGUACUGGAAGGAUGUGCCCGCCACAGUGGACGGCAUGCUGGGGGGCUACGGCCACAUCUCCAGCAUUGACAUCAACAGCUCCAGGAAGUUCUUGCAGAGAUUUCUACGGGAUGGUCCCAACCGGACAGGGACAACGCGCGCUCUGGACUGCGGGGCAGGCAUCGGUCGAAUCACCAAGCGGCUGCUGCUGCCCCUCUUCAAGACUGUGGACAUGGUGGAUGUGACGGAGGACUUCCUCACCAAGGCCAGGAGCUACCUGGGAGAGGAGGGCAGGCGGGUGCGAAACUAUUUCUGCUGUGGCCUCCAGGACUUCAGCCCCGAACCCAACUCCUACGACGUCAUCUGGAUCCAGUGGGUCAUCGGACACCUCACCGACAACCACCUCUCCGACUUCCUGAAGAGGUGCCGUGCUGGCCUGCGGCCCAACGGCAUCGUGGUCAUCAAGGACAACAUGGCUCAGGAGGGGGUGAUCAUGGACGAUGUGGACAGCAGCGUCUGCCGAGACCUGGACGUGGUGCGUAAGAUCAUCCGCCGGGCUGGGCUGCACCUCCUGGCCGAGGAGCGCCAGGAGAACUUCCCCGACGAGAUCUACCACGUCUACACCUUUGCCAUGAGAUGAGGGUGGCUGGCAGUGGCGGGGAGGUCUCUCCUGGGCCAGCUCAGAGCAUGGGCCCAGCACAGGCGGUUCCUGCCGGGGCCGGGAGGGGCGAGGACCGCGCCUUCACCGCGGGUGGCGGACGGCAGCGAGGGUGUCGUGACUCUGCAAUUCUUUGCGGUGCUGGUGGCAAGGACGGGGCUUUGUCUUCCAAGUUGCUGCUGUUUGUGAAAAGAGAUGUUUGCCAAAUACAUUUUCCUGCCAUUGCA